CCUUUGUUGGCUGUCAGUCUAGUCAAAAAUAGACCCAACUACUGGCUGUGAAAACGAUAUUCCCCUCCUGACUCCGUAGCUCACAGCUCCAGCCGCUACAGUGAAUAGUCGAUAUCUUUUAAACAUGGAUUCCGCCACGGCAGCGAACAGCUUUCGACAUUUGUGCACGGAGAGCGAUUUUCCACCUCGGAGGCGACAACAAGUGAGCUAGCUGUCUGCACGCUCGCUCGCUCGCUCGCUCGCUCGCCGUCCUCUCCUCCUCGUACCUGUGUUGUCAGACAGGUUAGCAUAAGUCUCGGACAGGUGAACGUUGCAAAGUGAAACGGCUAACAGCGGAGCCGCUCGGCAGCUAACCUUAGCUAGCUUAGCUUUAUUUCUCGCCGUUUAGAAAGCGACACCAGUCUCGGUUGCAUAAGCUAAAACAUUUUUCAAGCCAUGGCCUGUAGUUUCCUAAACACGGAUGAGGCGUCUCCACCGGCUCUGACCGACCUGUGUCUGACCCAUGUGAGCCAGAACCUGGAGUGUUUCUGUGUGAAGCGUCCUGAUGGCUCCCUGUGCUUCAGGGAGGCCGUGCUCUUCCCUCAGGAGCUCGCAGACCAGCUGCUGGCUAAGAUGGCCACUGAAGGUCUGCUGAAUGACAGCACAGUGGGUGUAUUUCGGAACUGUGAAUACCUGCGGCUGAGACGAGCCUGCGUCCGUACAGCGCGAAUCUCUGCAGAGGCCUUCCAGAAAGCCCUCUGUCCUCACAGGCUGUUGGAGCUGGACGCUGCCAGGGUCAAUGCAGACCUCACUAUUCCUGAUAUUCUACAGGGACUGGCCACCAAUAAAUAUUGUCAGGAGUCCCUCCAGCGACUUGUCUUAACAGGUCUCACCAUGUCCUCUCUGGAGGAACCAAUCCGGUAUCGCUUCAGCUCCCUCCAGGGCCUCCGCUCCCUGUCUCUAGCCAACGUAGACUUCUAUGACUCUGGGCUUGUUGAUGUUUGUUCGCUGCCUCGGCUGGAGAGCCUCGAUCUUUCCAACACUUCAGUCACCAACCUGAGCCCACUGCUGGGCCUGAAGGAGCGGCUGCGCUCGCUAACGCUGCACCAGCUGAAGAGGCUGGAGAUGAGCACUGCUCAGCUGCUGGGAGUCAUAGGCCAGUUGGAUGUGUUGCAGCACCUGGACAUCAGUGAUGACAAGCAGUUUACCUCUGACGUGGCUCGUCAGCUGCUUGGACAGCCAGGGAUCCUGCCUGCUCUUGUUUCUUUGGAUGUCUCAGGGAGGAAACAGGUGACAGAUGCAGCUGUCAAGGCUUUUGUUGAGGAGAGGCCAGGGAUGACCUUUGUGGGACUUCUGGCCACAGAUGCUGGCUUUUCUGACUUCCUCUCUGGAGAAGGAAAUCUAAAGGUAACAGGAGAAGCUAAUGAGACCCAGAUCUGUGAGGCCCUGCGUCGCUACAGUGAGAGGGAAGGCUUUGUGAGAGAGGCUCUGUUCCAUCUCUUCAGCCUGACGCAUGUCAUGGAGAAACCCAGGCCCGACAUCCUCAAGCUGGUAGUUUUGGGUAUGAAGAAUCACCCUGCCACUCUGAAUGUCCAGCUGGCAGCCAGUGCCUGUGUGUUCAACCUGACAAAGCAGGACCUGGCAGCAGGAAUGCCAGUGCGACUGCUGAGCACCGUCACUCAGCUUCUGCUGGAGGCCAUGAGGACGUUCCCCAACCACCAACAGCUGCAGAAGAACUGCCUGCUGUCUCUGUGCAGCGAUCGCAUUUUGCAGGAGGUUCCAUUCAACAGGUUUGAAGCUGCCAAACUCGUGAUGCAGUGGCUUUGCAACCACGAAGACCAGAACAUGCAGAGGAUGGCUGUGGCGAUCAUUUCCAUACUGGCUGCUAAGUUGUCCACAGAGCAGACGGCUCAGCUGGGAGCAGAGCUGUUCAUCGUCAAGCAACUGCUCCACAUUGUGCGUCAGAAGGCUACUCAGGGCGUGGUGGACGCCACCCUCAAAUUCACACUGAGUGCACUGUGGAACCUCACUGAUGAAUCGCCAACAACCUGCCGCCAUUUCAUCGAGAACCAGGGCCUGGAUCUGUUUAUUAAAGUUCUAGAGUCCUUCCCCAGUGAGUCCUCGAUCCAGCAGAAGGUUCUCGGUCUGCUGAACAACAUAGCCGAGGUCGGAGAGCUUCAUGUGGAGCUGAUGGUGCAGGGCUUCUUGGACCACAUCAGCAACCUGCUGCACAGCCCAGAGGUGGAGGUCAGCUACUUCGCCGCGGGCAUCCUCGCACAUCUGACAUCACGAGGGGAGGCAGCCUGGACGCUCAGCCCUGAGCUUCGGUCCUCGCUGCUGGAGCAGCUGCAUGAUGUCAUUAUGCAGUGGCCCCCGCCUGAGUGUGAGAUGGUGGCCUACAGGUCAUUCAACCCCUUCUUUCCCCUACUGGAGUGCUUUCACACCCCUGGUGUCCAGCUGUGGGCAGCCUGGGCCAUGCAACAUGUCUGCAGCAAGAACGCCGCUCGCUACUGCAGCAUGUUGUUGGAGGAAGGCGGCCUGCAGCAGCUGGAGCUCGUGCAUACGCACCCACAGACCCACAAAGACGUCAAACUGUUGGCGAAGAGCAUUCUGGAGAGCCUGCAGCGCCACAGAGCCCGCACCGGCCAGCCUGCACAAACACAUGCAAGUCGCCGCCCGCCGCCACAAUAACCUCACAGAGAAAAUGAGGCUCCCUGACCAAGAGGAGGAAGUGAGCUGGGUCCCACCACAGAGGGGAUUUUGUAUGUGUGUGUGAGUGCAUACCCCACGCACAAACACACUUUAUCAAGAAUGCCGAAAACAUUUAAGGACAAAGACUUUGCAGUUCUUUGCACACACACUAACUUUAUUUAUUUUCUUUGUGUUUGUUUCAAAACAAAAAAAUGUUUCUGUGUGUGCUAAUGUCGCGAUAAAACAUUAAGUUAUGAGAACUGUCGAUCAGUUACGCUCAAAUCUCAACAGGAGGUUUGUUUCUGUGCUCGCUCUUGUUAGUCUGACAUCAUGAUGAUUUUCGUACCAAAAACAAAAACAGUUGUCAGUGCACAUGUACAAAUCUCAGUGUGGGAUUGAACCCCCCCAAAAGCUCCGCUGAGGAUCGACACCCUCCAGCUCCCGUAUGUUACUGAGGGCUCUGGUUGCCGAAUUGGUCGAUUAGCUUAUUAGAUAUACGCAUGAUGCUGCUGUGAGCUCAAGCAUGCUGGAGUUUGUGUGAACGCUUGUAAUGUUCAUUUUAGGAAUGCUUGCUUGUUUGUUUUGUAGCAGUGUUCUGUUCACUGACACCCAUGCCUCUGGGUCCUCAAUACUGCUGUUGCUCUCCUCUUUAUUUAGUCUUUUAUCAGCUAAUGCCUUUUGAUUUGAUGUGACAGGACACUUGCCCAGGGUGUGUUCAGUGGGUUCAAAUGUUCCAAACAUUAAAGAUGAAAACCUAAAGUAUAGAGAAGUUACAUGUCUUUGAGAAGCUCCAGUGCGUUUUCUUUUUUAAACGUUUGGCAGCCCUAAAUGUGUCGUAUCAGCGGCAAACCAGCAGUUCUGUAAAUCAGAAGAUCCAGAGUUCAAAUAAGCUGAAAUGAUACCGUCAAUUAUUUGAAAAACUACAUGUCCUCCUUGGACACAAAUGGCAAUAAGUGGUCAGUAUAGUCAUGAUGAAUGUACGUGUGUUUUGAGUCAGAGCUGUUUUCUCUUUGAGAAACUUGUGUAUGUAUCAGUAUGUUUGCUGUGCUUCCCUGUGCGUCUGAAAGACAGAGGCAGAGCUUCAGUGUGAGCAUGUGUAUGUACGUCUGUACAAGCAGGUGCAUCAUAAAGGCUGUGUGUCAUUUGUAAAUAAUAGGAAAUGAGAGAGAAAUAGGAAUUGUUUUUUUUUU